AUGUCUCACGACGCCGAAGACGACGAAGCAACCUACGGCAACAACCACCGAGCAUUCCUCCAAGCCCUUCUCGCCCGCCAAACCCUCACCUUCGAACAAGCCAAACCCCUCAUCUCCUCCAUCCGCACCGCCGCCGCCGCGGCAGCAGCAGCAUCAGCUUCAACACCAACCCACGCCCCCUCCACCUCCACCACCAACCGAGUCCAUCUCCCCUCCGACAUCACCCCCGAAGAUUUCCUCCUCAACUACAUUCAUCCUCUCAACUCCCUCCUCAGCCUCUUCGACCUAGAAAUCCGCCGCUCAUUCCACCAACUCACUCGCGAGGAAAUUUUCGCUUUGGUGAAUACUACGAGCGAUGCUAUGACGCAAAUGGCUACGGCGCAUUCGCCGGAUGAGAUUGCGUAUGUGAAAAGGUUGUUGGAUGCCAUGUUUGAGGGGAAUAAUACCGUCGAGAAGGAGAUUAUGGCUGUGCAUGCUGUGCAGGCGAGGGCGUUGGCGAGGGUGAAUACGCAGUUCUCGUGGAAUCAUCAGAAUAAUUCGAGUAGUAGUAAUAAUAGUAGUCUCACACAAUCGCAAGCGGAAAAAGUGCUAGAGGCAAUGGAAUUGGAAGGAUGGUUUGAAAAAUCUACCGUGGUAAUGGGAGGAGGCUCUUCUUCAAGAAACGAAAGAAGAAAAGUCAUAUGGUAUACCCUCACCCCGCGCGCAUUGAUGGAAUUACAACAAUGGCUAGUGGAUACCUAUAAUCAUGAAGAGGAAGAAGAAGAAAACGAAAACGAAGCCGAAGAAAACGAAGAAACGCAUCAGAAAAUCAAAUUCUGCAAAGCAUGUCGACAAAUCGUCACCAUGGGCCAGAGAUGUCCGAAAAUGACGUGCAAUGUGCGACUGCAUCAUGAUUGCGUGGGGAAAAUGUUUCGGGCGCAGAGGGAUCAUGAGACGUGUCCGACGUGUAAGACGGAGUGGCAGGAUGCGCCGCUUGUGGGGAUUGAGGCGGUGAAAGAGCCUGUUGCUGCUGCUGCUGCUGGGCGGAGAAAAUCGAGGAAUGGUACUGCUGCUGCGAGGAAUGGCGGGAGGAGAAGGAGUGCGGCGUCCACUGUGAAUGGAUAUGAUGAAGAGGAGGAGGGAGAGGGAGAGGAAGAGGGCGAUGGGGAAGUCGAUGGCGAGUUGCCUUGA